UUUGAUAUUAAAAAAAAAACUUACCCAUUUGUGCGGACCUAGCAUGCUUUUGUCAUCAUGUGAACGCUUGUCUUUGACUGCUGUGAGUGCCAAGGAUAGAAGGAAAAGGAAUAUGACACGCAUUAAAGAAUUCAACAUCAAACCUGAGGAGCACAGGGGACAAUGACUAGUAUUCCAUAAUGGUGAAAUUGACAAUAGACCUAAUUGCAAGGGGUACCUCAGGGUACACCAAGAAGAAACGAGAUGAAUCCAUGCAACAGUAUCUGAAACGUCUUACUCAUCUAUAUUUAGAAGACAGAUCCAUUGAUGAAGUGGGGGAAGAUUUAUCUAUGUGUAGGAACUUGACUGUGCUGUAUUUGUAUGAUAAUCAACUAUUGAAGAUCCCAGUCCUACAUCAUAACCAGCAUUUGACCAUGCUAUACCUGCAGAACAAUGACAUUCAUAAAAUAGAGAACCUGUCACCUCUAACAAGGCUGACCAAACUAUAUCUAGGUGGUAAUUGUAUCACGGUGAUAGAGGGGUUAGACAAACUGGAGAACCUCCAGGAAUUACACAUAGAGAACCAGAGGAUGCCACCAGGAGAAAAACUCCUGUUUGAUCCUCGAACCAUGCGGGUCAUUUCUAGUUCGCUACAAGUCCUCAACAUUGCUGGAAAUAACUUGGAUAGCAUUAGAGACAUUGAAUGCUUACGCAAUUUGUAUCAGUUACAUGCAAAUGACAAUUUACUGACAGAUAUGAAAGAGCUUGCACAUGUUAUUGGAGGCAUGUUUAGACUGUGGAGGUUAGACCUUAUGGGAAAUCCUCUCUGUCACAAAGCAAAAUACAGAGACAGGGUCAUUGUAAUGGCCAAAAAUCUUGAAGUCCUAGAUGGAAAAGAAAUAAGUGAAACCUCCAGACAAUUCCUGCACAGCUGGCAUGAUGCCAGGGAAGUGCAGAAAAAGCGUAGAGAGGAAAACAUGAGGAAGGGGAGUGGAGAGUUUGGAGAUGGUGCCCUUUUACGUGAGUUACCACCUGUUAAGGAUUAUCCCCGUCUCCCAAGCAAGAUUCCCGGAUAUAUGAUGCCUGGACUUAUGAUGAAAGGUUUACCCAGGAAACAAUUUGACGAAAUUCUUGCAAGAACCAACAGCAACCUUUCCGAGGACUCUUCCCAGAAACAUUCCGCCUCUAUGAAGACUCGAAGUGGGAUCUUGCGAUCCAACUCUCUGAGGAUAUUGGACAGGCCUUCAGAAGGUGUUUCCCCUUUCUCGCUCAAUGACAAGAUUGCCUCAGCACCUGCCGGGCGGCAGCGGAGGCAGCCACUUACUAUGAGUUUUGAAUUUGGAAACCUAGAUCAAAGUCACCACAUUCGGAAAAAUGACAUCAUCAACCCUACAUAAACAGUUUUUACACUGGUCACCUCACGGGAUUUUGCCAGUUACACUGUACAUGUACCGUCCACUAGAGUAUUGGUUUUUUGGUGUGUUCAGCUUCAACUUUACUGAAUUGAAGGACUACUGUUUUAAGUAACAGCACUAUUUUUUGGAUAAUAAUAACGUCAUUUUGUAUUUGCUGAUCCAAUGCAGUUUUGCUCAAAAUGGUUUUGUUCAGAAUUCUAAGCUAGUUUGAUUGAACAUUUUCCUGCUUUUAUUAGAUAUUCUUUGUGAUACUUAGGUAUAGAAAACAUGCUUCCAUUUGUCUGUGUAGUUGCUGAAGAAGUAUAAUGUUGACUGGGCUGAGUAACCUUUGAAUUACCACAGCAUUCAGAUGAAUUGACUGACUUUUUAGUUAAUGUUGGGGUAUUUAUUUGACUUCAUGUAUUUUGAAAGCAUCAGUAUUAGAAUUAAUAUUUCAUAAACUGUAUUUAAUUUGUUUACAGGCACAUGGCAUUGUUUUGAUAUGUUUAUUGUAUGUCGAUGUAAUUUUGGCUUAUUUAUUGUGUAUUAUAGCUUUGAGGGUACAAUAAGAAUUGAGUAUUUAAUACUCUGUUUACUAGCUUUGAUAAUCACUUCUGAUGCAACUAUGUUGAAGCCAUUUCUGUGAUGCACAUGCUUUUUGUUUUUUAGAUCUGAUUAACAACUCUGUGAAUGUAAUGUAUACUUCCCUCUUUGAGACAUAUAUAGUUUAAUUGGUUCUUUGUUGUAAUACCAGGGCAUAUGUGGCGUAAUGUUAUCUUUUUAAUUGUGUCAUGUACAAUAUUUAAAGUGCUAAUUGGACAAGGUCCACCAGAGUUGUCAUAUAUAAUGCUGUCAGACAAUUUGAAAUAUUUAUUAUUGACUUUCUCUAUCUGGUUCUCUUGCUAAUAAAUGUUGAUGUUACAGGCCAAUGAAGUAAUUUUUUUUAUCCCCUUUUGUUCUUUAUAUCAAUUUUCUUUUCUGUCCAUUUCAUAUGUAUAUAAACUGCAGAUCAGGGAACUUUUUUGCCCCAAUGCAUUUAGAAGGCAUGCAGAUCUGCGCAAUUUUAAUUAAGGUUCUAUUAAAGACAAAUUUUUGUUCAUAGAAACAGUUUUCACAGUGGCAAAAUUUUGUUAAUGUUCCUAAUUGUUGUGGCCUGAGAGUUACAUACCAGCACAUCACAGUAAUGAAGUUGACAAAAUAAUGUUAUAAAUUAAAUAUGCUACCAUUUUUUCUCCAUCAAAUAUAUUGGCUGGUAUACAAUCAUAAUUUCAGCCAGGUAAAAGUACUGGUUACCGGCAUAUUUUGAAGGCUUGAAAAUUUGUCAGAAAAUAUAGCCCUUAAUUUAUCCAGGUAUAUUCAGUGGCAAAAUGAUAUUCAAAUUAUUUCACAUAGGUUUAGAAAGUGCAAGCUAGCAUUCACACUUCUUAUAAUACGCACUUAUACUAAUAUUCAAUAUCUAUGUAAGACAACAUUGAAAAACUCUCAGUGAUAUUGAGUCGGAUUAUUGUCUUUUUUUUUUUUUAUCAAAAUAGCCAAAUUUCAAGAAGUUUGAAUGCUAACUUGCUCUUCAAAAACAUAUAUGCAACAAUUUGAAUGUCAUUUAGCUUCUGAAUUCUUGUGGACAAAAGAGCUGUAGACUUUUAUUUUCAAAUUCUGCUAUUGCAGAGAGAACUUUUGUUCUUAGAAUAUAUCUUUUACAUGGAAAACUGUUAAUUCAAAUAUUUUUUGUCAACUUGACAUAACUGUGGUUUGCUGUGAAGUAGCUCUCGGGCUACAAGAAAUAGGAACAUUUUAAAAAAGAAAAUGUGCACUGCAGUAAGCAUGGUUUCUACAAACAAAAGUUUGCCUAUAGGGGAACCUUAAAUUCAUCUUGUUACCUUUUGCAAGCUACGAUUAAGUUUUGGCUAGAUUAGCAAUUUGAUGAGAAGUUGAUAAACUCAUGAUGUGGGCAAAAAUAAAACACGUCAAGCAAAUUGUCAGAGUCGAAACUCAGAUUGAUGAGUUUUUGAUGUACAUGUUUGCAUUUGGUUUGAAAUUAUUUUCUUAACCAUUCUAUGUAAAGAAGAAAUGUUUAUUAAUAUGCAUCUUUGUAUAUUGUUGUGGUGUUCAAGUAAGACAAUUUCUGAAAUUGUAAAAACCAAUAUUGCCGUGGCAAAAAUAGUUGUAUGUUAUAAAUGAACUAUAUCUGUACAAAUAAUAAGUAAAUAAAUGCUUUAUUUUA